AUGGCGGCAAAACGUCCCGCAUACGACGGGGUCGGCCGCAGCACUGCCGCCGCGACAGCGCUCCCCUUCCUCCUCCUCCUCAUCCUUUCAGCGUCGGCGGACGCCGCAGCUCGACCCACCAUCAGCGCUCUCCUCGCCGCCACUGGACCAGCGGCGCGCCGCGUUGGCGGCGCCGGCCGCUCCGAGAAUCUCGCGCGUCGGGCGCUUCAAGACUAUUCCGACUACGAGCCGUGGGUGGAACCCCCUGAGGAGUGCCAUGAGGAGCAGGGGAAUUUGAAUUGCCCCAGUGGCGGCGGGUGCAUGCACGAGUCGCAGGUGUGCGACGGCAAGCCGCAUUGCUCCGACGGCAGCGACGAGUCGCCCGACUUCUGCCGCGAGUUCGACUGCCAGCUCGUUCGCAAGGUGUCCUGCCCCAUGCUCGCCGGCUCUAUGCCUACUCCCAAGGCGCCUCAUAGUCAUUUCAUCUUGCCCCCUUCCCCGCGCUCACGGGGUGCAUGCCCCCGGGGGGCGAGUGCAACGGCGUGGCGUGGUGGACUGCGCGGACGGCCGCCAGGUGCCCUGCCCCCAUGCUCACCAGCCGUAUGCCUUAUUUCUCGCCCCCUUCCCCCCAACCCCCCUCCUCCUCACCAGGUGUCCUGCCCCUCGCUCACCGGGUGCAUGCCCCCGGGCAGCGAGUGCAACGGCGUGGCGGACUGUGCGGACGGGAGCGACGAGGGGCGGCAGUGCUGGCAGGGCUACCAGGACGACAGCAACUACUGCGCCGACCAGGGCCUUGAGCAGUGCCCCUCCGACCGCUACGCGUGCCUGCGCCAGGAGGAUUACUGCGACGGUUACGAGACGUGCUACGGGCUCGACGAGGCGAAUUGCGAGAACCACGUGUGCUCGUUCGGGAUGAUUCAGUGCCCCAAGACGUUCUACUGCGCGUGGGGGACUCUUUGUGACGGCGUGCAGGACUGUGUUGCGACUGCUGAGGCGGAGGACGAGGAUAAGGCGUUUUGUAGAGGGUAUAGCUGCCCGGAGGGGUUUAAAAAGUGUGCGGAUGGGUUGCAGUGCGUGGCAGAGGGGUUGUUUUGUGACGGGACGGUGAAUUGCAAUGAUGGGAGUGACGAAGGGGCGGCGACGUGUGCUGUGAACCCCCCUGCUGGGGGUGGAACAGGCGCUGUUACCACUACUCCUCCUCCUCCUCCUGAAACUGGAUCGGGCUCUUCUGGAAGCGGCACUACAUCUCCUCCUCCUCCCACUCCUACUGCGACCCCCGGUGGCGGCAGCGGAGGUGGGAGCUCGUCUGGUUCUUCCGGAGGGACUGUUGUUGUGCUGAGCGCAGAGGAGGUGGCAAGGCAGAGGAAGGAAGCAGCAGCUAGGAGGGCGGCUGCUGUUGCUGCUAAGAAGCAGGCUGCUGCUGCUAAGCAUGCUGCUGUGGAGGCACGGCGGGCGAAGCAGGCGGUGAAAGCAGCUGCGAUUGCAGAGAAGAAGAAGAAGCAGGAGGAGAAGGCUGCUGCUGUUGCGGAGAAGAAGAGGCUUCAGGAUGCAAAGGUGGUUGCUGUUGCUGAGAAGAAAAGGAAGCAGGAGGAAAAAGCUGCUGCUAUUGCUGAGAAAAAGAGGCUGCAGGAAGCUAAGGCUGCUGCUAUUGCUGAGAAGAAGAGGAAGCAAGCAGAGAAGGCGGCUGCAAUUGAGGCUAAGAAGAAAAAGCAGGCUGAGAAGGCUGCGGCGAUAGAGGCUAGGAAAGAGAGGGAGGCUGCAAGGGCAGCAGCAGCCGAGACCAAGUGA